AUGUCGAUGAAUAGACGCUCAUUGCAUGCUCAACCACCAGCAACAACACCACGACCCAAUGAUGCCAUCAAUGACCUUUCCUCUGUAGACAACCUGACAGACAAGCAACUGACUGACAUUCUAUACCAAAAGUUCUUGAACUACAACGUCUACAGCGACAUUGGCGCAUGCCAUCUUGUUGCAGUGAAUCCGUUCAAAGAGCUUGCACAAAACGAUGCACAGACCAGCGAUGACUAUGUCACCGCGUACAAGGACAUGCCUGCUGCUGGUUCAACGACGCAUCCCAUCAUCAGCAACAAGUUGAACCCUCACGUCUUUGAGCUUUUGAAUCGUGCUUAUUUCCACAUGAGACGCACUGGCAAUGACCAAUCCAUCUUUCUAUGUGGUGAAUCUGGCACUGGAAAAACAGAAAUAAGCAACCUGGUCAUUCAACAUUUGAUUCGACUCAGUGCCAACAAGAAGCGAUCCAAGGUGCAAAAUCACAUUAUCCAUGGACAAAAAGUAUUGAGAGCGUUUGGCUCGGCAAAGACGUGCUUCAACGACAAUUUCGCAUCUCGUUAUGGCGUGUACAUUGAAACCCACUACAAUGAACGUGGUAAAAUGGUCGGCGCCAAGACACUGCACUACUUUUUGGAGAAAUCUCGACUCUGCCAUGGCAGUAAAUUGAGCGAAGGCAACUUUAACGUUUUUUAUUGGCUUUUGGCCGGAACCGAACCCGAUGAAAAGCAAGUGCUGCAACUCAAAGACGACCCCAAAGCCUAUCUCUAUCUGGCUAAAUAUGGACGCAUGUUGCAAUCGGGUGAUGCGGAUGAAUACAACCAACUAAAGGAUGUAAUGCGAGCUGCUGGUUUUAGAGGCCAGCAUUUCAACCACAUCAUUCAAUUGCUGGCGGCUAUCUUGCAUUUGGGCAACAUUGUGUUCACGGAUCCUGCUGGUGGUGUGGGUGCUACUGAGGAGUCGGCGGCCAUCAAGAACAGAGAUACGCUGGAGAUUGUUACUGAAUUACUGGGCCUGGAUACGCGGGCAUUAGAGAGUGUCUUGUGCUUCAAGACAGCCAUGGUUGGCAAGGAUGUCACUACGUUGAUUCUGAAUGCGGAACAGGCAGCUGCGCAACGAGAUGAACUAGCACAGACACUGUACUCGCUACUGUUCUCCUGGCUGGUGGAGCAUAUUAACCAAAAGACCUACACAGAUCAGUUCAAUAGCUUCAUUGGUAUCCUGGAUUUCCCUGGCACACAGCCCUCUGGAUUCGGGUCCGUUGGAUUUGAGCAGUUUUGCAUCGACUAUGCCAAUGAGAGAAUAUACAACUUUAUCAUGAACCGCACAUUUGAACCAGACGAUGCUGAAUUCCAGGCAGAAUCCAUCCACGUACCCCAAGUCGACUUUACCAACAACACAGCCUGCAUUGAUUUGUACGAGAAGCCUACACGAGGCAUCAAUGCCAUUCUCAACAAAAUGUCAGAAAAGACCAUCAGUGGAAAACGCCUCUUUACAGAUGCCAAUGCCAUGGAGGCCAUCACCAAAUAUAACAGCGACAACCCGUCAUUUGCAUGCAAGCUAUCUGAUACCAACGCACGCCAAUUUGCCAUUCAGCACUACUCUGGUCAAGUGACCUACGAGCCCACUGGUUUCAUCACUAAAAACAACAACCAGCUGCUGGUGGACAUCAUUGCCUUGAUCCGUGGCAAUGCAGACAUGCCUGCGUCCUGGAAUAGCUUUGUGUUGGAUCUCUUUUCAGAUGAAAAUCUAGCCAUUGAUAGCCAUCCUUUAGGGGGCAUGUCAGCCCUGGUCGCAGCACAGCAGUCAGCCAAGCCAACGCGAUUGCCAUCUAUGAGGAAAAGUCAGCGCCGAGCAAAUCAAGAGAAGCAAGAGGCCGCCUUUACGGCAACAGACACCAGUGGCAAGAAAACGGUGCUUGCUCAAGUGCAGUCUGCCAUUGAUGAUCUGGUCAACUCGUUCCAAGAAGCCACCAUGUGGUGUGUGUACUGCAUUCGCCCCAAUGCCACUGCCAGUACCACGCAGUUUGACAAUCUGCUAGUGCAAUCACAAGUCAAGACGUUCCAUCUGGAUAAGAUAGCAGCCAAGAUGCAGCAUUUUUACAUGAUUUCUGUGCCGCACACAAGCUUCUUGUCGAGAUAUGCUGUGCCGUUUAGCAACAUGGGGUUGGAUCAUAGUGGUAGUCCACAAGAGCAGUGUGGGUCUGUCAAGGAGAUGCAUCGUUGGACAGACAGAGAUAUGGCCAUUGGCACAAGCAAGGUCUUUUUGAGCUACGCAAGCUGGCACACAUUAGAGGAAAUGUUGAGAGCACUGGAAAAGCAGGAUCAAAGGAGUCUCAAGAUGUUUGAUCCCAAUAUUGGCAUGCCUGCUCUACUGGACACUGAACAAGGCAUGGACUUGCAGACCAGAGAUAUUCCACCCACUGCAUCUACACCUCAUGCUGCUCCUAUGAUGCAGCCAGAAUUCGACAAUGCCACAUCAGACACAUUGCCUCUACCUUCUGUCGCGGGCCACUCAUUGUACUCGGACAACAACAGCCACUAUGCCGAGUCCAGGUUUGGCAACAACUACUUUAACGGGGACAGCUACACAGUAACAGACGGCAGCUUCUCGCCACCGAUGGCACCCCCUACAACAGACCUCGAUGCGACGGAUGAAAAAGAAGGCACCAUGACACCCAGCAGAAAACGAUGGCUAUGGUUUGUGACCCUGAUGACAUGGUGGAUUCCCAAGAUACUUCUGGUGAAAUUGGGCCGAAUGAAGCGUAAGGAUGUCCGUAUUGCAUGGCGAGAAAAGGUGGUACUUUGCAUGAUCAUUACAUGCAUGUGCGGUUUCGUGAUCUGGUUCCUGGUCUUUUUCGGCGAACUCAUUUGUCCCUACCAAAACGUGUAUUCUAUCAAUGAACUGUCGUCGCACAACUCGGAAAAAGAUGGCUAUGUUGCUAUUCGUGGCGAGGUGUUUGACUUGGCUAGUUUUGCACCCCACCAUUACCCCAGCAUCGUGCCUACAAGUGCUGUCUUGAGCUAUGCAGGUAAAGAUGUCUCUGAUUUAUUCCCCAUACAAGUCUCUGAUCUUUGCGAGAACGUGUCACCCUACGUCUCCUUGGACUACAAUCGAAACUAUACCGAUCCCAAUGCCAAAUAUCACGAUUUCAGGUUUGCUUCUGGCAAUUACCGUCCCAACUGGUACUACAAUCAAAUGACCAUGCUGCGACGCAACUACAAAAAGGGUGACAUGAGUGUAGAGUGGAAAGGCAUCCGCGAUCAAGCGCAAGGUGCUUACAAGCUGAAUGGUGUCACCACCACCCGUCAGUGGGGUGUCAUCAACCAACGCAUUUACGAUUUGACGACAUAUCUUAUGGGCGGUCGUUACUUGACUGCUCCCGACAAUGGCACUGUACCCACCGAUGUUAGUACCGACUUUCUGGAUCCGCAGGUGGUGGAGUUGUUUCAAACCAAUGCAGGUACUGAUCUCACUGAAAAGUUCAAUGCGCUCAGUCUGAGUGCGGACCAAAAGAACAGGGAACUGGCUUGCAUUCGCAACCUGUACUUUGUCGGUAUGGUGGAUGAACGUAACUCGACCAAGUGUCAGUUCUCUACCUACUUUUUGCUGGCCGUUACUAUCUGUCUGUGUAUUGUGGUCUUUUUCAAAUUCAUUGCUGCUAUUCGCAUUGGCAGUGCGCGUGUGCCUGAAGAGUUGGACAAGUUUGUCAUUUGUCAAGUCACUUGCUAUACGGAAGACGAAGACUCGCUGCGCAAGACCAUUGACUCGUUGGCGACAUUGCGCUACGACGACAAGCGAAAGUUGAUUGUGGUCAUCUGUGAUGGCAUGAUUAUCGGUAGUGGUAAUGACCGACCUACGCCUCGCAUCGUGCUGGAUAUCUUUGGUGUGGAUCCUCAAGUAGACCCUGAAGCCCUGUCGUUUAUCUCUGUCGGUGAAGGCAUGAAGCAACACAACCGAGCCAAAAUCUACUCUGGUUUGUACGAGAUUGGCGGCCAUGUUGUGCCCUAUCUUGUCAUUGCUAAAGUCGGUGCUCCCAACGAACGUCAAAAGCCUGGUAAUCGCGGUAAACGUGAUUCUCAAUUGGUCUUGAUGCAGUUUCUGAACCGCGUUCAAUACGACGCACCCAUGAACCCAAUGCAACUAGAGGUGUAUCAUCAGAUGCGAAACGUGAUUGGUGUCAGCCCUGAAAUGUACGAAUAUGUGCUCAUGGUGGAUGCAGAUACAGAGGUGAUGCCCACGGGUCUAAACUACUUGGUGUCGAGUAUGUCGCACGACGCCAAGAUUAUCGGUAUCUGUGGUGAGACGACCUUGUCAAAUGAAAAGGACACUUGGGUCACCAUGAUUCAGGUAUACGAGUAUUUUAUCUCUCACCACAUGAUCAAGGCGUUUGAGUCGCUGUUCUCUACAGUCAGUUGUCUGCCAGGUUGCUUUACCAUGUAUCGUAUUCGCACCGUGGAUGGUAAGAGACCUCUGUUUGUCAGCAACGAGGUCAUUCAAGACUACACGGUGAAUGUAGUAGACACACUGCACAAGAAGAACCUGCUGUAUCUUGGCGAAGAUCGUUACCUCACCACCCUAUUGCUCAAGCACCAUCCCAACUACAAGACCAAGUUCAAUGCAGACGCACAGUGCAAGACCAAUGCACCUGACACAUGGAGCGUUCUGAUCUCUCAGCGUCGUCGUUGGAUCAACUCGACUGUGCACAAUCUAGGCGAGCUCAUCUUUCUGCCCAAACUAUGUGGUUUCUGCUGUUUCUCGAUGCGUUUUGUAGUCAUGCUGGACCUUAUCAGUACACUGGUACAGCCUGCUUUGCUGGGCUACCUCGGUUUCUUGAUUUACAAGCUGGUAGAGGCUAAAAACCAGAUCCCAUAUAUUACCAUCAUCACGCUGGGCUGUACGUACGGCUUACAAAUCAUCUUGUUCAUCAUGUAUCGUCGCUGGGAGUACAUUGCUUGGUUCUUUUUGUCUAUCUUGGCAUUGCCUGUGUUUUCGUUCUAUAUUCCCAUCUACUCUUACUGGCACUUCGAUGAUUUCUCUUGGGGUAAUACGCGUGUGGUAGUUGGUGAAAAAGGUAAACAAGUGGCUGUAGGGGAUGAAGGUGAAUUUGAUCCCAAAUCCAUCCCGUUGAUGUCUUGGUCUCAAUAUGAAAAGUUCAUGUUGUCUGAAAAUUACAGCGAUGGGCUAUCUCAGGGCAGUAGCUAUCCUCCUCCACCUGCUCCCAUGUCGGCUCAUGGCGGUGUGUACCCCAAUCACAGUGGUGCUAGUGUGGUCUAUUCCAACUAUGGUGGCAGUCUAUAUGGCAGUCGAUACUCUGUCAAUGGCUACGGCUACUCGGCACCUCCUGGUUCAGUCCACUCUUCAUUUGCUGGUCGAUCCAUGGCAGACGAGCCCAUUGCGCAUGGCCAUCCAUCUGUAGCAAGUGGCAUCAGUGGCUAUGGAAGUCGAAUGCGAUACGGACCCACCAUGAUGCACGAUGCCAUGAGUGAUACCAUGUCUGCCUCCAUGGUCAACAGUUAUUACGCUCAAAAUCAACAACACAAUAGACAAUAA